GCCACAGGAGCCGGGGAGCAGCACCCCGACACCACGCAGCACAGCCACUUGCGCAGGAACCAGCUGCUCCCCUGCCCGCAGUACCACGGCAGCUGGGGGCUUCCCCCAGGGUGGCUCUGCCCGCCAUGGAGCAUCUGGCACUGGGCUGGGUGCUCCUGGCUGGGACCCUGGCCGCCGGCAGCCCACUGUGUCGUCGAGACCUCGGCCCCGUCAGGGAGGUGGUGCUGGACAUGGCCCCCAGCUCCUUCGACGACCAGUACCAGGGCUGCAGCCGCAUGAUGGAGGACAAGCUGGAGGAGCUCAACCGCACCGAGUUCGCCAACAACAGCGUCUACGCCGAGGCCUGGACCCUCGCCGGUGCCGAAUGGCGGAGCCGUCGGGGCCGCGUCCCCCAGCCACUGGUUCUGCGGCCAGAGCAGGCGGUCGCCCUCCUGGCGUACACCCUGCAUGGCCCCCUGCACCAGGUGUUCAACGCGGCCGUGCGUGAGGCCGGGCGCUCCCGCCGGGAAUACCUGGACGCCUUUCCCUUCAAGGUGCUGCAUUUCCUCCUGAGCGAGGCCCUGCGCACCCUGCGGGACGCCCAGCCCCGCCGCUGCCACCGGGUCUACCGGGGCGUCCGGGGCAUCCGCUUCACCGCCCGUCAGCACCAGUCUGUCCGCUUCGGCCACUUCACCUCUGCCUCUCUCCGGAAUGAGAGCACCCUGCCCUUUGGCCAGGACACCUUCUUCUCGGUGGAGACCUGCUAUGGCGUCCCCAUCUGGGACUUCUCCUUCUUCCCCAAGGAGGAGGAGGUCCUCAUCCCGCCCUUCGAGAGCUUCGAGGUCACCGACGUCACCCGCGAUGGUGACAGAGCCCUCAUCCAGCUCCGCUCGCAGGCCGCGCUCAGCACCUACAACUGCGAGUUGGUGAAAGAGAAGAGCUGCAAGAGUCGGCCGUGUGUCUUCAGCGCAGGCAGGAGCAUCCCCGGGGACCCCCUGCGCCUCUGGGGGCUCCUCCUGGCAGCCACAGCCCUGGCAGCCGCCGGUGGCCCCUGAAAACACAACGCCACCGCUGCCACCACACCCCGGCGAGGAAAAGGAGUCGGGAAUGGGAGCCGCCAGCUUCACGGAGACGGUGGGACGGGACAGGACGGGGCAGCAGGAGGGGCUGGGGGCAUGGGGAUGGCCCCGCUGCAGGGUCCC